CGGGCUGUGCGCGCAGCGCCGGGUUCUGGCCCCAGGUUUGGCGUUGCCCACAAUCAAUAUGGCGGCGGGAGAACCGCGUUCCCGCCGGGCGUGCCCACACCCAAUGUGGCCGUUGGAAAGGCUCAGUUUCCAAGGCCCUGCCCGUACUCAACAUGGCGACGGGUGAGGGCCGAUUUGGGGCUAUGCUAGCCCUGCCCACGGGCCGGGGCGCUGGCAGCGUCGAGUAACGUCAUUCGAGCUCCGUCGCGCCGCUUUUGCGUCUCGGGUGGCGGGAGCGGGAAGGGGAUUCGGAUUGUCGCGCCUCCGCUCCGUGGAAGAAAGUGCCCUCUGGCCCCCAAAUCCAGUCCUUGCACCUCAGCGCCCCCAGGAACCCGACCCUUCGCACUCUACCACCUCCUCGAUCCCGCCGGCACCUCCGAACUGCAGCCCCGUCUCGAAUCCCGUCAGCGCGUCAGCCACUGGCCGCGAUGCAUGUGAUCAAGCGAGAUGGUCGCCAAGAGCGCGUUAUGUUUGACAAAAUUACGUCUCGAAUCCAGAAGCUAUGUUAUGGACUUAAUAUGGAUUUUGUUGAUCCUGCUCAGAUCACCAUGAAAGUAAUCCAAGGCUUAUACAGUGGGGUCACCACUGUGGAACUAGAUACUUUGGCUGCUGAGACAGCUGCGACCUUGACAACUAAGCAUCCUGACUAUGCCAUCCUGGCAGCAAGGAUUGCCGUCUCCAACUUGCACAAAGAAACAAAGAAAGUGUUCAGUGAUGUGAUGGAAGAUCUCUACAAUUAUAUAAAUCCACAUAAUGGCAGACAUUCUCCCAUGGUGGCCAAGUCAACACUGGAUAUUGUUUUGGCCAAUAAAGAUCGCCUGAACUCUGCCAUUAUCUAUGACCGAGAUUUUUCUUACAACUACUUUGGAUUUAAGACGCUGGAGCGAUCCUAUUUGUUGAAGAUCAAUGGGAAAGUGGCAGAAAGACCACAACAUAUGUUGAUGAGGGUGUCUGUGGGGAUUCACGCAGAAGAUAUUGAUGCUGCUAUUGAAACAUACAACCUUCUUUCUGAGAAGUGGUUUACCCAUGCCUCUCCCACUCUCUUCAAUGCUGGUACCAACCGCCCACAGCUUUCUAGUGGAGGCUUGAGCCGGCAUUAUAAGAUAAGAAAAAAACGGAUUGUAAAUGAGGGAACAAAACUUGUAGUGAUUCACAGGUGGUAUGGUUUUUACAUAGGAAAUUCAAGAGCAUCUACACAUAAAUUAUCAGAAUUAAAAAGAGAUUUCAGCAAACGACCUGGGGCAUUUGCUAUUUACCUGGAGCCUUGGCAUUUAGACAUUUUUGAGUUUCUGGAUUUAAAGAAGAACACAGGAAAGGAAGAACAGCGUGCCAGGGACCUUUUCUUUGCCCUUUGGAUUCCAGAUCUCUUCAUGAAACGAGUGGAGACUAAUCAGGACUGGUCCUUGUUGUGUCCAAAUGAAUGUCCUGGUCUGGAUGAGGUUUGGGGAGAGGAAUUUGAGAAGCUAUAUGAAAGUUAUGAGAAACAGGGUCGUGUCCGCAAAGUUGUAAAAGCUCAGCAGCUUUGGUAUGCCAUCAUUGAGUCUCAGACAGAGACAGGUACCCCGUACAUGCUCUACAAAGAUUCCUGUAAUCGGAAGAGCAACCAGCAGAACCUGGGAACGAUCAAAUGCAGCAACCUGUGCACAGAAAUAGUAGAGUAUACCAGCAAAGAUGAGGUUGCAGUCUGUAACUUGGCUUCCCUGGCCCUGAAUAUGUAUGUCACAUCAGAACACACAUAUGACUUUAAGAAGCUGGCUGAAGUCACCAAAGUCAUUGUCCGAAACUUGAAUAAAAUUAUUGAUAUUAACUACUACCCUGUCCCAGAGGCAUGCUUAUCAAAUAAACGCCAUCGCCCCAUUGGAAUCGGGGUACAAGGUCUGGCAGAUGCUUUUAUUCUGAUGAGGUAUCCUUUUGAGAGUCCAGAAGCCCAGCUACUGAAUAAGCAGAUCUUUGAAACCAUUUAUUAUGGAGCCUUGGAAGCCAGCUGUGACCUGGCCAAGGAGCAUGGCCCAUAUGAAACCUAUGAGGGCUCUCCAGUCAGCAGAGGAAUCCUUCAGUAUGAUAUGUGGAAUGUUACUCCCACAGACCUGUGGGACUGGAAACUUCUCAAGGAGAAGAUUGCAAAGUAUGGUAUAAGAAACAGUUUACUUAUUGCCCCGAUGCCUACUGCUUCAACUGCUCAGAUUCUGGGAAAUAAUGAGUCCAUUGAACCUUAUACCAGCAACAUCUAUACUCGCAGAGUCUUGUCAGGAGAAUUUCAGAUUGUAAAUCCUCACUUACUGAAGGAUCUUACUGAGCGGGGCUUGUGGAAUGAAGAGAUGAAAAAUCAGAUUAUUGCAUGCAAUGGUUCUAUCCAGAGCAUACCAGAAAUUCCUGAUGACCUGAAGCAACUUUAUAAGACUGUUUGGGAAAUUUCACAGAAAACCGUUCUUAAGAUGGCAGCUGAAAGAGGUGCUUUCAUUGAUCAAAGCCAAUCUUUGAACAUCCACAUUGCUGAGCCUAACUAUGGCAAACUCACCAGUAUGCAUUUCUACGGCUGGAAGCAGGGUUUGAAGACUGGGAUGUAUUACUUAAGGACACGACCAGCAGCAAAUCCAAUCCAGUUCACUCUAAAUAAAGAGAAGCUGAAAGAUAAGGAGAAGGCAACAAAAGAAGAAGAGAAGGAGAGGAACACAGCAGCCAUGGUGUGCUCUCUGGAGAAUAGAGAGGAAUGUCUGAUGUGUGGGUCCUGAGGAAAGGCUUAGAAGAGACCAGCACUUCCUCACAGCCAAACUACUUCUUGAGCAUAGAUAGGUGUAGUAGGUUUGCUUGAAGUGCUAAGGCUUUGCUGGACCUUAAUGCAGCAAAAAGAUCAGUCAAUUUAAAGUACUGUUUCUAUAUAGUGUGAAAGUAUUAAUUUUUUAAAUUGAUAUCUUGGGAAUCAAAGUAGAAGUUUUAGGAGUGCAAAAGAAGUCACCUUGCAAAUAGGGAGUGAUUGAGUAGGGUUUCAUUGCCCACCUGGCACCCUUUUCUGGUGACCUCAGUUUUCGUAAGGAAACUUCAUUUUGCUGCUUUGACUGGUGGGUCCAUAGAAACAAAACUGAGUCAACCUGUGAGAAGUGCUGACAGGACCUUUAUCUGGAUAAGGUCCUAUAGGUCAUUCUGAAAUAAAUGUUUCUAAGUGACUA